AUGGCUGAUAGUCUCAUGCCACUCUUGGCCAUGAUUGCUGUUCAGUUGGCUUAUGCAGGGAUGAAUAUUUCCUCAAAGCUUGCAAUACAAUCUGGCAUGCACCCUCUGGUCCUUGUUGCUUAUCGUCAAAUUUUUGCUACUCUCUCCUUAGCUCCUUUUGCUUAUUGGUUUGAACGGAAGACGGCUCCCCGAAUGACAAAGCGCAUUGCUUUCCAGAUAUUAUUAUCUUCCUUAACAGGAGUAACAGGAAAUCAGAUACUAUACUUCGUGGGGCUUAAAUAUUCAACCGCUACAAUUGCAUGUGCACUAAGCAACUUGCUCCCAGCAUUCACUUUUGUUCUUGCACUCCUCUUCGGACAAGAAUGGUUGAUGAUCAAGACCAUAGCCGGGGUAGCGAAGGCGUUAGGGACAAUACUUAGUGUGGGUGGAGCAGUGCUUCUAUCAUUUUAUCAUGGAAAAGUCCUUGGUCUAGGUGAGUCAAAAAUUCACUGGAAAUUUGCUGAAAGAAUGGAAAGGCAAGCCUCUUCUGGUGGCCAAACAAACUCGCUUCUGGGUCCUGUUGCUGUAAUUGGUAGUGCUCUUGUUUGGGCAGUAUGGUUCAUAAUUCAAGCAAACAUGAGCAAGAGCUAUGCAGUUCCUUAUACCAGCACUUUCUACAUGUGUUUGAUGGCAAGCAUUCAGUGCUUGGCCAUUGCCUUGUCUGUUGAACACGAUGCCUCAGCUUGGUCACUGCAUAGUCCCUUAAGACUUACCUCUGCACUUUAUGCGGGAAUUAUUUGUACUGGGCUAGUGUAUGUGCUCAUAUCGUGGUCCAUCGAGAAGAAAGGUCCUCUCUAUGUGUCUGUGUUCUCCCCUUUGCUGCUUGUCAUCACUGCUGUUGUUAGCUGGGCCCUGCUGCACGAGCAAUUAUACGUUGGCACUGCCAUAGGGUCUCUGCUGAUAGUGUUGGGGCUGUACUUUGUGUUGUGGGGAAAGAACAGAGAGGUGUGUAAGAAUGUCGCUGUUCAUAAGAUAACUGAGGCAAUGAAGGAUGAAGUUAAAGAUAUGGAAUUGCAACCCUAUGAUCCUUCCAAUGCUAAAGUUAAAGGUAACGGAAACCACCAUGCUGAUGAUUGA